AUGCUUCAAGAAUGUCACUACGAGGUCCACGAGCAAUAUCAAUAUUUGACACUCUUCUAUGCUCAUCUGAUUCCGGCAUUAGGAGCCUAUACUGAGCCAUCGGUCGGCCAGAAAGGGAACACCCUUCUAUCUGGUGCAGGGAGACUUGAAUUGAGCCGCACUUUUACGGUUGAUGAUUCUUCCUUGCGCAUUGCAUUCGAGCCCACCAGCUUCCUGGCGUCCGAAAAAGGGUCAGAUCCACUCAAUCGGGUCCCACUUCCUCGUCUCUUGAGCGUCCUGAGCCAGCUCAGUGGGGUGUCUCUGGGAACUGAUCGGUACCGUACCCUUGCAGAUCAGCUCACUACUUCCGAUGAUGACGAAGAAAAGUUGCUGAACGAACCGACGCUCGCGGAGCAGCUUCACGGCCUGCCCUCUCGCACUCAAAAUAUCCUGGCCCUUGACCUGGUGAACGGAUUGGUCAAACCAGAACUGUACUUCCAUCCCCAGAUGAAGGCACUGGCCUCCGGUGCGCUAGUGGAAGAUCUCCUGUUUGAUGCACUUCGUUCCGGCGACUCCGCCGGGAAUCUUGGGAAAGCCAUUGACCUGGCCAAGGAAUUUGUGCAAGCGGCUCCGACAACGACGCGUCCGCAAUUUAUCUCUUAUCAGAUUGAGAGAUCCCACGGUGGUGCAGCGAAGCUCUUCCUCACGGAAAGUGUGAUUAAUUGGGAUCAGAUUUCCGGUCUCUGGAGAUAUGCUCAGCCAGAAACCAUCCAAGCAGAACAGAAUCGGGCCUUGCGUGUCCUUUGGGAGAGUCUUAAUGUCGUCGAGGGUGACCGUGGGCCCAACCAAUUCCCUAUCAUGAUGGUUUUGGGUUUGUUCGCUGAAGAGCCGUUUGUGAGGCCUCAGGUAGCCUUCCCCGUGGUUGGCAUGACUGAAGAUGCCAUUGCUAGAAGCAUUGGGUGUUUCUUUGACGAUAUGGGAUGGAAGGAAAGCUCCCACUCCUACGUUGAUGGUUUACGCUCAUACUUCCCAAAUGAGGAUCUAGAUCAGCCAUUGGGCAAGCAGGCGUGGGUUGCACUCUCCCUGUUUGACAGUGGGAACCCAGCUCUCACCAUCUUUUACUAUUGA